CCGGAUGGAGGAACACAAAAGGCUAAGUAGCUGAUAAAGCAAGUUCAAACCACUUUAGCUAAGGAAGCAUUUGGUUUAACUCCUGUUAAUACUGGAGGGUUGCUAGAAAUGACUAAACUAUGAGGAAACUGAGGCAAACAGAGUGAAGUGACUUGCCUGGGGCCACAAAGCUAGCAUAAUAUGAAAGCAUGAAAACGUCAUUCAAGAAAAAUACCAGCUCACUUUUUCUUCCCAUAUCCACACAGAAGAGAAGUCACAGUUUCAAUGACUUCAACUUCCACUUACUCCCUGCCUUGCUCUUCCCAUGACAACAUCUUCAUGAAUAACCAAAGUAGCCAAUACCAAAAUGACUCAUUAGAGAUAUCAAAUACCACUUGCCCUAUGAAUGAACAACUAUUGUCUGUUGUUUUAACAAUUUUCUACUCUGUUAUUUUUAUUGUGGGACUUGUUGGAAACAUUAUAGCUCUUUAUGUAUUUUUGGGAAUCCAUCGUAAAAGAAAUUCUAUUCAGAUUUACCUGCUUAAUGUAGCCAUUGCAGAUCUCCUACUCAUCUUUUGCCUCCCCUUCAGAAUACUGUAUCAUGUUAACAAAAACAUCUGGACAUUGGGUGUAAUUCUCUGCAAGACAGUGGGAACACUAUUCUACAUGAAUAUGUAUAUUAGCAUUAUUCUUUUGGGUUUGAUCAGUUUGGAUCGUUAUAUAAAAAUUAAUCGGUCUAUCCACCAACAUAAAGCAUUAACAACUAAGCAAAGCAUUUAUAUCUGUUGUAUAGUGUGGGCAGUAGCAAUAACUGCAUUUUUAACUAUGAUCAUUUCAACACUUAAGAAAGAAGGACAUAAUUCUACAAUGUGCUUCCAUUACAGAGACAAGCAUAAUGCAAAGGGGGAAGCAAUUUUUAACUAUAUCAUAGUGAUUGUGUUUUGGUUAAUUUUUCUUCUACUAAUCCUUUCAUAUAUUAAGAUUGCUAAUUAUCUUUUGAGGAUUUCCAAAAGAAGAGUCAAUUUCCCUAAUUCUGGAAAAUAUCAUACCACAGCACGGAAUUCUUUUAUUGUGCUUAUUAUUUUCACUAUAUGUUUUGUUCCUUAUCAUGCUUUUAGAUUCAUUUAUAUUACAUCACAGCUAAACACAACACCUUGUUACUGGAAGGAGAUUUUCCACAAAAUUAAUGAGAUUAUGCUUGCUCUCUCAUCUUUUAAUAGCUGCUUAGAUCCAGUUAUGUAUUUUCUGAUGUCCAGCAACAUCCGCAAAAUCAUAUACCAACUUUUUUCAAGAAGAUUUCAAGGGGAAUCAAGCAGAAGUGAAAGUACUUCAGAAUUUAGAGCAGGCCAUUCUCUGCAUGAUACUUCUGUCAGUGUUAAAACUCAUUUAAGAGUACUCUGAGAUGAACAUGUUACAAAGAAUUAUGAAUCGUUGCCUUGUACCAAAACUAUUUACUAACCAAUGAUAAGUCCUACAAGUAGAACUACCACAUUCAGUGCUGAUGUUUCUAGCAUUAACCUUUUAAAAACCUCCAAAACUCAGUAUUUCCUGAAAUUUUCUUUCUGUAAAUAUAGCAUGCUAUAUUUCAUUUGCUUGAUUUAUCAAAUAAUAUGUUGAAGAGGAAGAAAAGGUCAUUGCUGUAAGAUUUUAAGUCUGAUAUUCCUGUCUAAGAUCUUUUUAAAUGUGUUCAUCUAAAGUACUAUUAUAUUUGUAAGAAAUGAACUGCAAAAGUAUUUAUUGGAAUUUAUGGCCUUAGUAACAUAACAAGUUAAAGAAAAUUUUAGUUUCCCAAACUAGUAAACUAGUGUUGGUAUAUGUUUCAGACUAUUUAAAUAGUGUGUAAAAUGAAUAGAGGGUAUAAAUGUCUUAGAUUACUUUAGGUUGACAGAAAUUUGUUAUUAUUCAAAAACUGUCAUGGAUUUGUCAAUUUCAUACAUUCAUGCCUUUUUUCAAAAAAAAGGAAAAGUUGAGACUUUCCAGGAAAGUCUCCAGUUUCUAUACCAUUAUGGUGGAUGACAUAAUGCUAAGCAAACUAGCUUUUUAAAAAACACACACAAACCAAUGAUACCAUUUAUUCCUCAACUACACGGUGAAAUAAAACUAUGUAAGGAAGAAAUAAAUUCCAAAGCUCUUUAUGUUAUCUAACAACAUGCAAACACAUCACAAAAGCAAUCCUUGUGAUAUAACUGAGAAAAGAAGAAACUGAGACAACAUUUAAAAAGCAAAUGAAUCCGGACACAAAAUAAUCAGGUGUCUAAAUCAAAUAAACUUGUUCAUGAUUCUCUGGGAGAGAGAUUAUAGGAAUGAAUGAUAUCACUACUAUACCUCAAUGAUAAGGAAAGAAGAGGAAUCCAAUAUGUUCAAUGGUUGGGAAACAGCUGAACAAACUAUUGUACAUAAACGUAAUGGACUAUCACUAUGCCAUUAAGAUGUAACAAAUAUGAAGAAAAUAAAAUGUAAGAUUUAUAUGAAGUGAUGAAGAAAGAAUUACAGAAUCUCAAUGAUAUACAUAUUGACUAUGACUAAACAAAAACUGAGACAGAAUUUAAAAAGAUACAGAGAAGAAAAGGGCUAUCAGAAAGGGAAGUGGGAGCAAAAAGUAUGUUUCUAUAACCAUUCUGUUAAAGUUUACAAGCACUUAAAAAUAAAUUACAAAUAAUUUGGA